CAACGACGACCAAAAUUGCCUCCGUUUCUCCACUUCCUCUAUGGCCUCUGCAUUCACUCUCUUCUUCUCCCUUGAACCCCACCACCACCACCACCUCCGCCGUCGCGGCCACCAUCGCCGCCUCUUUUCCACCACCCCCUUUAAGCCUCGCCACCACAACUUCACUCUUUCGUUUUCAACUUCUCACUCUUCUUCUUCUUCUUCUUCUUCAACUUCAACUUCAACUGCAACUUCAUCGUUUACCCAUCAAGACCCACUUCACACAACUCGAAUUCUCACCGACGAAGACCUUCACAAGCUUCAAUUCCUCGAGAAUUUCAAUUACCACCAAGAAUUGAAAUCUGGUUCGAUGUGGGUUCGCGUAAUGAAACCCCACGAAAUCGACAUUGUUGUUGCCCUGUUGUCCGAAUCGUUUGCAGAGUCCAUAAUGUUUCUUGCUGGCUAUGAAACUCUGUUGGGUUUGUUGGUGAAGCCGUACUUGAUUGAGAGGAGAGCUCUUAUUCCACACACUGCUACGCUAAUUGGGUUCUACAGAGAGAGUGAUGAUGAUGAUGAUAUGCAGAUUGCAGGGACUGUGGAGAUUUGUUUUGACAGAAUGGGUUCUAAUUCUUAUACUCCUUCGCCUAAUCCUCCCAAAGACUCACCAUAUGUUUGUAAUAUGACCGUAAAGAAGACACUUAGGAGGAGGGGCAUUGGUUGGCAUCUUCUGAAGGCUAGUGAACAACUAAUUUCUCAGAUGAGUUCCUCAAGAGAAGUUUAUUUGCACUGCAGAAUGAUUGAUGCUGCUCCACUCAACAUGUAUGCAAAAGCAGGUUAUAGCAUUGUUCAAACAGAUAGCAUCUUGAUCCUCUUGACCUUGCAGAGACGCAAGCACUUGAUGUGCCAGGAACUUCCAAUCUUAGACAGCCCUUCAGACAUCUCUGCUUCUAAUGAGGGACUUCCUUCUUGAGCAAAUAUGAGAAAAUCAGAAACUACUUACCUAAGGAACAGGCAAGCAACACUACAUGUUUUUUUUUCUUUUUUGGCAAAGCAACUCAAUUUCCUCUGUAAUUGUUGGUACUCUCUUGUUCCUCCCUACACCGAAUACACAAGUUAUUUACUGUUGUACAUUAACCAAGUUAUGGAAUACGCAUGCUGUUUCCUAUACUCUAUCAUAGAAAUUUAAUAUCCAUCCUUUCAAUCUUGGCCUUAAAAGGCUUUCCAAUUGUCAGAAUGAUUCAUAAUCUGGUUGUGUUAAUAAUCCAGCUGGGUUGAUUUUUGCUUGAAGACCAACUGAAUAUUUCAUAUUGUCCUUUUAUAUCUGGUACUAAGUUUUUGGUUGAGACUCAUGAUGCUGUAGGAAAAAUUUCACAAAACUCUUCAAUUUUCAGGGGUGAUUAAAGACAUUAUUACCCAACUAGAAUUGACCAACUUUUUGAAUAGUAGAUGAGAUAGAUAUUCUGUUGUUUGCUGGAAGGAUAUACAUAUGAUGCUGCUGCUGCUGCUCUCUCUCUCUCUCUCUCUCAAGAGUACUUGAAGAGCUGUGAAGUGCAGAGAAUGGAAUGCUUACAUGGACUUUUCAGAGUCAGAGUACAGCAAGAACAUCAUUUAAGGGAUACAUAUUGGUGAUUUUGAUGGAUCAUGGCGGGAAGUAGAUGGAAAAGCAGGUAUAGCAAUAACAAUGAAGAAUCGGUUGCGCAAAGAGUCAUCCAGCUGAAUCUUCCAUCAGCUUUUGCGGGGGAAGCAAAUGCAUGUCUACGAGCUUCUAUGGGCAAAGGAUCAAGGUUUUUUGACAAUUACAGUAUGUAUGGACUCUCCGGUUUUGGUUGAUACAUUACGUAAGAGUCCUUCCUUCUUGCUCUGCCACUAUUGUACUUGCGGAUAUAUGUUUUAGUUGUAAAUUUUUUAAUUCUUAGAAUAGUGAAGGUUAGUAGAUUAGUAGUUAAGCCACCUCAUGAUCUGGCUACAUCUGUAAAUGAUUUUCCCACUUAAUAGUAAUGUAUGAUGUUUUUCUGUUUCAAAAAAAAAAAAAACCAGCAUAUGAUGCUCUCAUUAAUGAGGAGCUGGAGGCCA